GUGGGGUACGAGCUGAAGGAGGAGAUCGAGCGCAAGUUCGACAAGUGGCAGGAGCCGCCCCCGGUCAAGCAGUUAAUCGAGCUGAAGGAGGAGAUCGAGCGCAAGUUCGACAAGUGGCAGGAGCCGCCCCCGGUCAAGCAGGUGAAGCCGCUGCCGGCGCCGCUGGACGGGCAGAGGAAGAAGAGGGGGGGCCGGCGCUACCGGAAGAUGAAGGAGCGCCUGGGGCUGACGGAGAUCCGCAAACAGGCCAACAGGAUGAGCUUUGGGGAGAUCGAGGAGGACGCCUACCAGGAGGACCUGGGCUUCAGCCUGGGCCACCUGGGCAAGGCCGGCAGCGGCCGCGUGCGCCAGACCCAGGUCAACGAGGCCACCAAGGCCCGGAUCAGCAAAACCCUGCAGAGGACGCUGCAGAAGCAGAGCGUGGUGUACGGCGGCAAAUCCACGAUCCGGGACCGGAGCUCGGGCACGGCCUCGAGCGUGGCCUUCACCCCCCUGCAGGGCUUGGAGAUCGUGAACCCGCAGGCGGCCGAGAAGAAAGUGGCCGAGGCCAACCAGAAAUAUUUCUCCAGCAUGGCCGAGUUCCUCAAGGUCAAGGGCGAAAAAAGUGGGGUCCCCACGCCCCCCUGAGACCCCCGGGACCCCCAAAUCCCUCCCCAAAUUCCUGGGGAACUCCCAAAUCCCCCCCAGUUCCUCCAUAUCCACCAGAAUUUGGGGUUUUG